AUGCUUGAGAAAAGUUACUCCCUUUUGUUCUUUCACAUCAUUUCUCUGCAAAACUCAGGAUUAAAUAUGGAUAUUCUAGAAAAGGAGAACUUCCUGAAUAUCUCCAAGAGCUCUCUCUUCCAGCUUAACUCUGACAAGGGAUCCUAUAACAGUGAAAGGACCACAGGAGGGGCUAACACAAGCGAUAUUUUUAACUGGACCUUGAAUUCGGAAAAUCUAACGCGACUCCCUCCAGAAGGAAGUUCUUUUUCAUUAGAAAAGAACUGGCCAGCCCUUCUGACGGUCACAGUUAUUUUGUUGACCAUUGCUGGGAAUAUUCUAGUGAUUAUGGCUGUGUCUUUGGAGAAAAAGCUUCAGAAUGCCACUAAUUAUUUUCUUAUGUCCCUGGCCAUAGCUGACAUGCUUAUAGGCUUCCUUGUUAUGCCCAUCUCUAUGCUAAAUAUACUGUAUGAUUAUGAAUGGCCUUUACAUAGGAAACUUUGUCCUGUUUGGAUAUAUUUGGAUGUACUUUUCUCCACUGCUUCUAUAAUGCACCUCUGUGCAAUUUCUCUGGAUCGGUAUAUUGCAAUACGAAAUCCUAUCCAUCACAGCCGCUUCAACUCAAGAACCAAGGCUUUCACUAAAAUAAUUGCAGUAUGGACUAUAUCUGUGGGUAUCUCCAUGCCAGUGCCUGUGUUUGGACUACAAGAUGACAGCAAAGUUUUCCACCAAGAGAACUGCUCCUUGUCCGAUGAGCACUUCAUAAUUGUUGGUUCCUUUGUAGCUUUCUUCAUCCCACUAAUCAUAAUGGUGGUCACAUACUUUUUAACAAUAAAGUCCCUCCAGAAAGAAGCUGACCUGUAUUUUAAUAACAUGGGGGCAAAAAGCAAGCUGGCUUUGUUCAGUUUCCUCCCGCAGACAUCUAUCUCAUCAGAGAAACUAUUCCAGCGCUCCUUGCAAAAAGAAUUUGCUCCAUAUGGGAGAAAAACUAUGCAGUCCAUCAGCAAUGAGCAGAAAGCCUCCAAGGUCCUGGGGAUUGUGUUUUUCCUUUUUGUGAUUAUGUGGUGUCCAUUUUUCAUCACUAACGUCAUGGCUGUAUUCUGCAAGGAAUUGUGCAAUCAGCACAUUAUGGGAGAACUGCUGAAAGUAUUUGUGUGGAUCGGUUACCUAUCGUCGGCAGUCAAUCCACUUGUGUACACACUUUUUAACCAAACCUACCGCUCUGCAUUCUCAAGAUAUAUCCAAUGUCGGUACAGGGAGGAAAAGAAGCCUUUACAAUUAAUUUUAGUGAACACCAUCCCGGCGCUGGCUUACAACUCAAGUCAACUUCAGCUAGCGCAAAUGAAGAACAUGAAAAAGGAGGCUAAAACCAAAACAAACGACUAUGCGUUGGUGACUAUAGGAUUGCCCCCAUUAGAUAAACCAUCUGUGAAUGAAAAUGUUAGUUGUUUGUGA